AUGGCGACUUCCCUAGACCAUACCACGGCCGCCCCGCUCAAGCUUGAUGGGUCUUCCACAGCUUCGAUUUCCUUCGAGCCGUUUGACCUGCCGCCGAGCAAUCAGCGGCUCCUCGGCGCGCCCCAUCCGGAAGGAACCGUGAGCCCACUCGCACUCCGCCCAUCCACCCACGAGGGCGUUGAUAUCGACCUCGACGCCGCCAUCGAGUCGAUAAAGCACCUCCAGGCACAGGGCGGGAUCCUCACUCAGAAACUCGCCCAGCACGGGACACUCCUCUUCCGGGGUCUCCCCAUCCGCAACGCCUCCGACUUCAGCCGGUUCGCCCACGCCUUCGGCUACCGACCCCACGAGAUCAUCGGCAUCGUCGUCAACCGCCCCGAGCUAGCACCCAACGUCGCCCCCGCCAACGAGGCCCCCAAGGAGGUCCUCAUCUACAGCCACAACGAGUCCCCCCAGGUGCCGCACGCGCCCGAGUACAUCUUCUUCUACGGCCACCGCGUCCCCUCCGCGGGCGGCGAGAGCCCCAUCUCGUCGUCGCUCGAGCUCUUCCGCCUGGUGCAGGAGGCCCUGCCCGAGUUCGUCGACGCCCUGGCCGACAAGGGCGUCCGCAGCCAGGUCGUGUACAAGCCGGAGCGCCAGUACGCCGGCGGGUCGACGAUCCUACAGGCGUUCGGCAAGGAGGUGGUGGACGGCGUCGACGACGAGGCGACGCGGCGGCGCAAGAUGGAGGCGCAGAUUGCGCGGUAUGGGCGCGGGAAGUACACGUCGUGGGAGUGGACCGACGAUGGUGGGCUGGUGGUGACGCAUCUCCUGCCGGCGAUCCGGACGCAGGUCGGGUCGGGAUUGCCGACUUUGUUUACGGGGCUGGCGGCGUACUACCGGAAUGCGAAAAUUAAUGGCGGGGCGAGGGCGGGUGUGACACGGAUUCUGUACGGUGAUGGUACGCCUAUCCCGGAGGAGUAUCUCGAGCGACUGGCUGAGAUUACGGAUGGGAUACGAGUGCUUCAUAAGUGGGAGCGUGGGGACGUGCUGGUUUACGACAACGUCAUUGCUCAGCACGGCCGGCAGCCGUGGGAGGGCGAGCAGGAGGACCGGGUUAUUCUGGCUAGCCUGUUUGACGGUGAGAUUCCUGGAGCGUAUGGGAAUCAUGACUGGGCGCAGGUUGUGCAGGCUCUGCCUUAG